UGCCGGGACAGACACCAAGAGACUAGAAGCCCACCGUUACUUGACGUCAUGACCUGUCAUCUCAAGACAUCAGAGUUUCCAACACAAAUGACGAGUAGUCUAUGAUGAAAUAACGCCGUUGCUUUGUCUGCACGUCUCUAUGUCCCCUCUUCUCUACCAGAUCCAUCGAGCCAACUAUCGAUGCCUAUGAAGUCACCAAACUAGAGUAUUACGUUACAUCUAGAUGCCCGCAUACCUAGAGAUUAACCCGAGAGCAAUACAGAGAUAACAGUAUUGAUAUACACGAGAUUACUUCACGGUCAUGUCUUCCGGAUUCUCCAACACUGACACGGCUGGCAAGCCUGCCGACCCGUACACACAAGCCAACAAGGACACAUCAAUCACUACGCAAGACAAGGUCGAUGCGCUCACCAAGUUCGUCAAGUCAUGCAAAUUUGGCAUGAUGACAACUCGUGACCAGGCCAGUGGGAAAUUAGUUUCGCGGUGUAUGGCAAUCGCGGCCGAAGAGAACAACGGCAUAGACUACCUCUUCUUUACAAACACAGAAUCGCACAAGACCGAUGAACUCAAGAGUGACCCUCACGUCAAUCUUGCAUUCCUCGACUCCUCGGGACAGUGGGCCUCGGUCGCCGGAACAACAAGUAUCGAGACGGAUCGUAGCGUUAUCAAGAAAUAUUAUAGUCCGACCCUGAAGGCGUGGAUGGGCGAUCUGGGCGACGGUAAGCACGACGGCUCAGAGAACGACCCCCGGAUCGGCGUCAUCCGGGUUAAGAUGACGACAGCCACAUAUGCUAUUACCGAUCGUACUAUCUUAGGCCGCGUCGCCGAGGUUGCAAAGGGUAUGGUGACCGGCGAACAGGCGAAUGUCAACAACAUCCGCGAGGUCACUGAGGAGGAAGUAAGGGCGCAGAGGUCGUAAGGGUCGCCACGGAUUGUAUUUGUAGGAGAUGGUGGGAACUCAACUUCA